AUGCACACAUGCAUGCUUACCAGCGAGAAGGAAAAGGCUUACCACCGAAACCUAAAAAUUCAAGUCAGAUUGACCAUGCAACUUAAACAAGGUCUUUACGCGGCGCUUUUGCUACUCUUUCCACUAUCAUCACUAUGCAAAUAUCAAAAAAGGGUACUCGCAAUCACUCCACUUGAGGGCGCUUCUCUAAAGACCUGCAUCGACAAUCUUGCACAAAACACAGGUGUCCGUCUGUUCAAAAUCCAAAAUUACUUGUCGACUUGCCACAACUCCAACGGUCCAACCACAUGCGGAGACAAUCUGCUCGGGUGGGAAAACUGGCGCUGCAUAGCCCGUGUUGAUAUUUAUCUUGACCUAACUAGUCGAGUGCAAUUCAAGAGUUUGUACUUCCCGAAAACAGGGAAGUGCAGAGUAUUGGCCUAUGGACCAGAUGCUGGAGGCGAUUUAAAUGGGAAUAGUCAAUGUGUUUGUGAGAGCCUGAUUCCGGAGAGACGUCCACAGACGCAUGUAUGCUACUGGAAAUUACCGCAGUGGGCUAGCUACUCAACGUGGACUUGA